AUGGCCCAAAAGUUCAGGAAAGCUGCAGAGGAGUUCAAAAUGCAAUAUGAAGCUGCAAGCGCAGUAUAUCAGAUCACAAAUUGGGAGCCGAUGAGUUACCGUUUGAAGAUAGUGUUGCAGGGACAUAUACCAGAAAUCAGGGAGGUGUGCAGAAUGUUACUACAUGGUGGAUUCAAACGUGAGUUGCAUUGCCAACUCGAGAUAUCGUCUCGUGAAUAUGCACAAGAGACAUUUGAGUUCAUGGAUUUGAUAUACGUCAAUCUUGCUGCCCUUGCCUCCCGUACUCAUUCCCUCUUAGACACACUGAUCAUGAUGCUACACGGAGGGCUGGAUUUUAUUCCUUCGGUUAUGAAUCAAGUUACAGGAAUUCAUGAAGAGUUGGCAUCAGUGAGGCCAUUUCUCCUGUCACAUGGCAUUGAACUGCAAAAUGAGGAAGACAACAAACUCAAAGGUAUACUUAGUCAGAUUGCCAGCAUGAUACACUAUGCAGCAUACAUCACAAAGUUGUGCCCGAGCACGAGUUCAUCAAUAUGGUACGGCAUUCUGUGCCUGCCAAACAUCAUACACCACAUAAAGCUUGUGAAGUUGGAGGUCGAAAAGAUUAAAGAUGAGGUCAUGCAUAUCAACAAAAAACUCACAGGUGAAAUAGAGUCUACAGAAGCUUUGCCACCACAAGUAACAACUUCAAAGCAUGAAGGAGCUUUCAUAGGAUUCAAAGAGUAUGUAAAAUCAAUAUUGGAUAACCUUCAGGGAGGGAGAAAGGAUCUCACAAUCAUUUCCAUUUCUGGAAUGCCUGGCCAAGGCAAGACAACAUUAGCAAGAAAAAUUUAUGAUGAUCCUUCAAAAACAGUAUUAUUUCCACAAAUUUGCAUGGGGUUCCAAAUCCAUGAUUUAGCUGAUCGCGUGAGGAAAAGUUUGAAGGGGAGGAGAUAUUUCAUUGUUUUGGAUGACAUUUGGGACGUUGAUGUGUGGUGGCAAGUCCAAUACCCAUUUCCAGAUGAUAGGAAUGGGAGUCGAAUCUUGUUUACUAGUCGAAAUCAUAAUACUGCUUCACAGUGUAAGCCAAAUUCGAUUUCUCAUGGUCUUCCCUUAUUUUCUGAUCAGGAGAGUUUGGAAUUGAUGGAAGCCAAACUUUCGGGCGGGGUUAGUAUUCCUGAAGAACUUUUAAAGGUAGGCAAACAAAUUGCAGUUUAUUGUAGAGGGUUGCCAUUGGGAGUUGUCCUGAUUGCCUCUCACCUGAAAAGGACGAGACGGGAAUUGGAUUUGUGGAUGGAAGUGGCUGAAAAUCUGAAAUCACAUCUUGCAAGUGUAGGUUUCUCGAAGAGGUUCAAUGGGAACAUAAGAUUUUUCAUGGUUCAUGAUCUCCUAUAUGACUUGCGCAUCCAAAAAUCCUUGGAAGAGAAUUUCUUGCAUUUGGCAGACUAUAGGACGAUACAAGAUGAAUCUCAUGAGUCUGUAUUUCUUCAGUAUAAUUCCCAGCGCCAUUGGCUUUGCAUUCGUGACAUGGGUCCAGCAUUCACCCAUCUGACAUCUCACUCUGCCCUGAAGGAAUUAUUACCGAGGAGUCAGGUUCACUCUCUGUUUUGGUCCCAUCGUGAUAUUCUACCAGUUCAAUGUAAGUCAUUGUCUUCAUUAUUGAGAAACUUUAGAGUUCUUACGGUGUUGGAUAUGGUGGAUGUGAAUCUGAGAGGUUCUACCUUGCCUUCAACAACAUUGUUUUUAUUUAAUAUUCAUAUGAGAUAUUUGGGACUGCGUGGUGCUUUUUCUCGUGUUCUGCAGUCAACAGGUGUGAGAAAUGCUAUAGCUACAAUGGCCAAUGAUGUUGCUGCUUCAAGGAAAUUCAACGAUAGAUUCAGAUUGGGAAGGGUGGAUUACACGGCGAAGGAAAUGCUAGAAGUUGCUAACUGA